AUGAGGACGACCCUGCUCUCCAGCCUGGCGUGCGCCAUCGCCGCCGUCACGGCCGCCGGCAACAGUUCUUGCGCCGCCAAGCAGACCUACGACCACAUCGUCGUGGGUGGCGGCCAGGCCGGCAUCAUCGCGGCUACGCGGCUCGCCCAGACCGGCAAGCACGUGCUCCUCCUGGAGCGCGGCGUCGGCCCCACGGUGGCGACGGGGGCCGAGAACGUGCUCGCGUGGAACGACACGCUCACCCCGACCGACGUGCCCGGCCUGGCCCCGGCCGUGCGCGACCUCGGCCUCUUUUCCAAGUACAUGUGCCCAGACACCGAGGGCGUGUCGGCCUGCGUGCUCGGGGGCGCCGGCUCCUUCAACUACCUCGUCUACGUCCACCCGCCCGCCCGCGACUUUGACGACGGCUGGCCCCGCGGCUGGAAGUGGGACGACGUCAAGCCGGCCGCGGACCGCGUCUACGCCGUCAACCCCGGCUCGUCGGUCCCGUCGGCCGACGGCCGCCGCUACGACUUUGGGCUGUACGACGCCCUGGGCAGCGGGUUCCUGGCCUCGCGCGGCUGGAAGGCCGUCAGCCAGACCGAGCAGCCCGACGAGAAGCACGAGGCCUACUCGUACCCGAACUGGAACAUCGGCAACCAGAAGCGCGCCGGGUCGCUGGCCAGCUACCUCCCGGUCGCGCGCCAGCAACGCGGCUUCAGCAUGCGGCUCAACGCCACCGUGUCGCGCCUGCUCCGCGAGGGCGGCAAGGUCACGGGCGUCGAGGUGGACGGCGGCAGCGGCAGCAGCGGCAGCAGCAGCAGCAGCAGCAAGACACGCUUCCGCCUCGCCGAGGGCGGCAAGGUGAUCCUGGCCGCCGGCACCUGGGGCACCCCGCGCGUGCUGCUCAACUCGGGCAUCGGCCCCGAGGACCAGCUGCGCAUCAUCCAGAACGGCACGAGCGGCGUCGAGCUCCCCGCCCGUGACCAGUGGGUCGACCUGCCCGUCGGCCGCACCAUCCGCGACCACUCCAUCUUCACCCUCAACAUCCAGACCAACGAGACGUUUGGCGCCUUCAACGCCUCCGCCGCCGCCUUUGGCGCCUCGUCCGCCGCGUCGGACAUCUCGCUGUACAACGACGGGUCGUCGGGCGAGCUGACGCAGGGCAUGCACAAGCUCAUCUUCUGGACGUCCAACCGGGCGGGCGGCGACAACCGCACGCGGUACAUCCAGGGCUCGUGCUCGCCCGGCGGGCCCGGCCUGUUCGGCAUCAAGGCGUACCUGACGCACGGCCUGACGUCCAAGGGAUCCGUCGGCAUCGACGGCUCCGGCAAGAUGGUGUUCAGGCAGAAGCCUUAUCUGGUCGACGAGGCGGACCGCAGGGCCGCGCUGGCCUUCAUCGAGGAGACGGCCGCCGCCGUCAAGGCCUACCCCGGAUGGCAGCUCAAGGGCUACACCAACGCCACUGCGGUGCUCGACAAGAUCGAGCCCGGGAACCACUUUGUCGGCACUGCGGCCAUGGGCGAGGACAAGGCCUCGUCUGUGGUCGGCCCCGACGCCAGGGUGCACGGCAUGGAGAACCUGUACGUCGUCGACGCCAGCAUGCACCCGGACCUGCCGACGGGGAACACCAAUGCUAUCGUCAUGGUUGCUGCCGAGGCUGCGAUCGGCAAGAUUAUCGCCGCCCAGCAAUAG